AUGUUUCGCUCAGCUCGUUCAAUGUCUGGAACAUUUUCCUCGGUUGUAAAUUUUGGUGUACAAGAAUUUCUUAAUCGUGCUCAAAAGCUUUCUCUUUUACAAAAACUCAAAACUGAAAGUGAGUUUUAUUCAACAAGUGGAAAUCUUCUUUUUCCAAAACAUUAUAAGCAGAGAAAACAAUUAAGACAAUCACAACACGUAAUUCCAGGAAAUGAUAUACUUAAUGUAGGAGCAAUAGCAAAAGUAGUUUGCCAAGCAUAUAAUGAUGCUGUUGAUCUACUUUCUCGUUUUAAAAUUAAAAAUUUUCUUAAUACAAAAAAGAUAACAAAUAUGAAAGAAGCCAACAACUGCAUGCAAAGUUUAUUAAGACAAAGAAUAAAUAUUCAAGAUUACUCUGAUUUAAAUGAAGAGGACGAAUCAUCAGAUUCGGACAAUGAAUCAGAUGAAAUGUUAGAUUCAGAAAGUGAUGUUGAUAGUGAAGAUCAACAAUAUGAUGAUCAACAACAUGAAGCAUCAACCAUCUCUUCGGAUGGAAUAUUCGAUGAUAUAGAUGGAAUCAAAUUUUCUGGUAUGCGAGUAUUCGAUAAAGUUCGUCCUGAACUAGAAAAAUCUUAUUUUGAAUUGGAAAUCAAGCGGAAGAAAAAAUUUAUACACAAACAAACUGCUUGUUGGAUUUUAACGGAAAACAAAUCGGUCUUGUCGAACGAUCGUCUCACUCGUGUAACUCAAAAAUAG